GGCUUCAUCAUCGUUGGCCUUGCUGGGAUAAUUGGUUAUUGUUUCAUCAAGGUGUUGAUCCGUGUUCGUCCUAUCAUAGAUGUAGGUACGACGGUGGUGGGAGGUCAGGGAUGGAGGGUGGGUACAG